AUCUCUCAGAUAUAGACGGAAAUUAUCCAGUGAGAGUGUGACCACAGAUCAGCCAAAAUCAACAAGUGCCAAAAUAGCAACCGGAUCUUGCAGAUGAACAGAUAAAAUGAGCACUGAAUGGAGACAAAUGUGAGCGUCUUAAGACAUGUGCUCCACUAUGUGCCUAAUAACAAAUGGAAGAUGUAGGAGGGAAAUGUAACCUUUUAGAAUCCUUCCUAGCAGACCUGAUGAAGAAUCUCGUGGUGUGAGAGGACUGGAGCAUGUUUGUUAUAAAGACAAAUCUUCUCCACUAUUCCAUGCAUUCGGCUUCAUUGUUUCUGUAUGUGGUCAUCAUAUUAACGAGACAGAUCAAGUGUAACGUUAGGCCUAAAUUUGGAUGCAGUUACGAAGGUAUAGCAGAAGUGACAACGUUUGCAGUGGAGUUGCGCAAGAUGGAAACACAUGGUUGCAUGCUAUACACACCAACUCUAGCAGAUUUUGAGCAGAACUGCUCAAAGUCUACACUUACAUGUUUUAAGUUGGAAGUGGAAGUUUUAAUGGUUGAAAUCCAGUCUGAGACCAGGUUUUCUCAAUUACGAAGAAUACUCAACAAACUGACCACAAAGUUAAAGGACAAAAGAAAGUCAUGUCCAGUCUGUGAGGUCUACAGAGAAGAAAGCCCAGAGACUUUUCUGGAAACCCUACAAAGUGUUUUCCAAAGGAUGAAUGCCGAAAACUGUCCACAUGACAAAACUAUAACAACCAGCACCUCUCUCAAUCUUUGAAGAACCAGUCAGCAAAGUGAAACAACAGCUAGAUACACUAGAUUCAUAUACACUAAAGAUUCAUCCUGAUGCAUUUCGCCUCAUUGUUUUUGAUGAGGUUUUUGUGAUCAUAUUUGAGAGAGAGAUCGAUUGUCAGAGUGUAUGGAUAGAAGUAACUAUAUAGGCUAUUAAAAAAUGCAUAUUAUUUGCAACGGUCUGCUUUGAACAAACUACCUCAAAGUCCACGAACACAUACAUUUGUAGUUAAUCAUCUGCUGUUCAAUUGCAAAUUGUUUUCUUUAAAUUCAGCAACCUUUCACACAGUACUUAGUGAACUUUACACUCUGUUGUUCUCUCUUUCUGCAAUAGCCAAAGCAGACUUUGCUUAUUUAUUCUCAUUGUGCAUAUCCAUUCUUUAUUGUGUGACCAUGCUUCAUUAAAAGUAAUCUAAACUUGUCUUCUUCUCCUUAUAUCUGUCUCGAUGAGUGCAACACAGUCUUGUGUUUCAUAUAUUUCUAG